CCUCUCUCUCUCUCUCUUUCUGUUCUUGAUUUCGAGGAAUCUCCUGUUAAAACCCUAGGUUUUAUCAUGCCAAGUCUCUCUUUUUCGGAACCUUGAUUAAGUUAUUUCGAAAUUUCAGUUCUUUUGCUUGCUUUGUCCUAAUCCGACCCGUCUCGGGGCUGUCCUUCUAUUCGUGGGUGGCUAAUUAGGGUAAAACCCAAAUUCUUGGUCGGAAUUUCGGAUCCCAUGAUUCUCUCCCCUUUUGCACACAGUGUUAUCUGUUUCUGGGUUCUUCUCUAACCCUCUCUGUUUCUCAUCUUCUUCAAAGUCCUCUGCUUCUGGUCUGAUCGAACUAUUUUUUUUUUGCCCCAUAACAAGUGGUGGAUGAGGCUGUUCCAUGUGAUAGGGUUUGGCCUCAAAGUGGGGCAUCUCUUUUGGUUGCUAUGAUGUUGGGUCAUCUCCUUAAUUUCCCUGAACUGGUUCAUUGAUGGUGGGAUCGAGGACAAGUCAGUUCCCCUUGUUGGUUCUGUCGGUGACGCAGAGAAAACAAAAAUGACAGUGAAGAAGAAGAAGAAAAUGUGGUUUGGGAACAAGAUCUCCAACAGUUGUCCGAAGAUCCACGGUUUCUGGCAGCAGUUCAUGGGUUCCAUAAGAUUCAGCAAGACAUGGUGGAGGAAACUCUUGGUCGCGUGGGUCGUCGUUUGGGUCCUUGUCUCGUUUUGGACAUUCUGGUACUUGACCUCACAAGCUAUGGAAAAGAGGAGAGAGAUGUUGGGAAGUAUGUGUGAUAAGAGAGCUCGGAUGCUUCAGGACCAGUUCAACGUCAGUAUGAAUCAUGUUCAAGCCAUGUCGAUCUCGAUCUCCACUUUCCACCAUGGAAAGAACCCUUCUGCGAUCGAUCAGAGGACAUUCUCCGAGUACACAGAUAGGACAGCCUUUGAGAGGCCUCUUACGAGCGGUGUUGCCUACGCCGUGAGGGUUCUGCAUUCCGAGAGAGAACAAUUCGAGAGGCAACAAGGUUGGAGUAUUAGGAGGAUGUACACUUUCAAACAGAAUCCUGUUCAUAAGGAUGGCUAUAACCCCGAAGCCUUGGAGCCAUCCCCUAUACAAGAGGAAUACGCUCCAGUCAUCUUCGCUCAAGACACUAUAUCUCAUGUCGUGUCUCUGGAUAUGUUGUCUGGAAAAGAGGAUCAUGAAAAUAUCUUGCGUGCCAGAGAAUCAGGGAAAGGGGUUUUGACAGCUCCUUUUCCGCUGCUAAAGACAAACAGGCUCGGGGUGAUACUGAUAUUUGCAGUCUACAAAAGGGAUCUCCCCUCAAAUGCUACUCCGAACGAGAGAAUCGAAGCUACUGACGGGUAUCUCGGAGGAGUUUUCGACAUAGAGUCUCUAGUGGAGAAGAUUCUUCAUCAGCUCUCGAGCAAGCAACACAUCCUCGUGAAUGUUUACGAUUUUUUUGCAACUGAUUAUUCAAAUGUUGUUUGGUGUGUGCAGUUGGCCAUAUACAUUUCUAAUCACGUGCCCGAGACGUUGAUCGGCGAUCCCGGGAGGUUCCGACAGAUAAUCACAAAUCUGAUGGGCAAUUCAAUUAAGUUCACUGAGAAAGGACACAUCCUUGUGACGGUCCAUUUGGUGGAGGAGUUUCUCGAAACCAUCGACAUCGAGACAGAAUCGCCACCGAGAAACACACUAAGCGGAUUUCCGGUUGCCGAGCGAUGGAAGAGUUGGGAAAAGCUUAAAGCUUUCGCAUUUGAUACUACCGGGCGAAGCUUUUCUCACUCAUCUACUGAAAUCAACUUGAUCGUGUCAGUCGAGGACACUGGCGUCGGGAUCCCUUUAGAAGCUCAGACCCGUAUUUUCACCCCUUUUAUGCAAGUCGGACCGUCGAUAUCUCGGACGCACGGAGGCACGGGGAUCGGCCUUAGCAUAAACAAAUGUCUUGUUGGAUUGAUGAAGGGAGAAAUCGGGUUUGCGAGCAUUCCUAAAGUCGGGUCUACCUUCACAUUCACCGCUGUUUUCGGGAAUGGCUUACUUAUGACGGAUAAGAAAAGCAACCGGCCGAUAUCUUCUGAGUUUCAGGGCAUGGAAGCCGUGGUUGUGGACCAUAGGCCCGUGAGGGCUAAAGUAUCGAGGUAUCAUUUUCAGCGUCUAGGAAUCCACGUCGAAGUAGUUCCGGAUCUCGAUCAGGUUCUACGUUUCGUAAAGAGUAGAACUUCCGCCAUGAGAAUGGUACUCAUAGAGCAAGAGAUAUGGAACCGGGAUUUGGGUAUUUCACUUCUCUUCACCGAAAACCUGCAGAAAGUUUACCCUUUUGAUGCCCCAAGAUUGUUUCUGUUAGCAAAUUCCGCCAGGUCAUCAAGAUCGGACACUCCAAUCGUCGGUGGAUUUGCUCCCGCAGUUGUAACGAAACCGUUGAGGGCGAGUAUGCUAGUUGCAACUCUGCAGCAAGCAUUCGGUGUCGGGAACAAGGAAGCUCAUCGUCUGAACAAGGAACUUCCUUCCGCGAGUUUCGGGAAUCUUCUCCUCGGGGGAAGAAAGAUUCUAAUUGUCGAUGAUAACAACGUAAACCUCAGAGUGGCAGCGGGAGCUUUGAAGAGAUACGGAGCUGAAGUAAUCUGUUCUAGCAGCGGAGUAAAGGCCAUCUCGAUGCCGCUGCAUAGCUUCGACGCUUGCUUCAUGGACAUUCAAAUGCCGGAAAUGGACGGAUUCGAGGCCACGAGGAGGAUUCGGGACAUGGAACGGGAGGCGCCGGGCUGGCAUGUCCCGAUAUUGGCCAUGACAGCGGACGUGAUUCAGGCAACGUACGAGGAAUGUCUGAAGUGCGGGAUGGAUGGAUACGUGUCGAAACCCUUCGAAGCGGAGAUGUUGUACCGAGAGGUUUCUCGCUUUAUCCCGUCGCCCGUAGUCGAUAACGAACGCUUGUGAUUAACGUCUUUUUCCGGCGUUGCUGCAGCCUGUGAAACCUGAUUCCUCCACCGCAGGAAAACAGUGUAUAUAGAAAACUUAAGUGUAUUUAGGUGCAUAUAUAAUGUGGGUUGAUUUUUGAAUUUUAGGAAAAAUAAUAUUGAUUCGAAACCUUCUUA